UUCUCUACUUUGUGAUUCCAGGUACACGAGGCCCCCACAGUUACGUGACAUCCAUACGAGGAUGUCCGUUGCAUUCUUUCACAAGGGGAUCACACGCUUCCAGGCCGAGGUGCUGCUGACCCAGGCCAAGGAUGAUGGGAGUUUCCUUGUGCGUGACUCAGAGUCCCUGUCUGGAGCGUACGUCCUCUGUGUGCUAAUGCAAUCCAAGGUGCAUCAGUACAGGGUUCUACCUGGCCCAGACUGCAAGCUGCAUGUUCAGUCAGAAGGAGGUACUAUUCAGCGAGGUUACAACGACCUGACAGAGCUGAUAGCAGACUACAUCAAGAAGAAGGAGAACAAUGGCCUGAUUUGUGCCUUGGUGCACCCUGUACCACCAGAUGGCUCCUCAGAAGAUGUCACUCUCUCAGAUGAUGAGGAUGACGAGGAAGAUGAGGAGGAUGAAGACGAAGACUUUGUUGAGAUGCCCCCUCUCAGAAGUCCACCUCCUGGCCAGAAAGAGCGCAAAUCCAACGGUCAUGCGGACCAUGACAAACUAGAUCUCCAGAAAAGAUUCACACAACUUGAUCUGUCACAAUGUGAAGCCAAGUUCAAGCAGGCCUUGAAGGACUACAUAGACCAUGGUGUGUCAAAGGACUCUGCCUCUCUGAAUGCCGGGGACUCAGAACUGCACGAGUUCACAAAGCUACUCGAGUCCACUGCUGAUGGACUCAGGAGAGAACUGGACAAGUUCAUGAGGAACAUUGACACUCUUCAUGAGCUGUUGAGGGUUGGGGACAGAAAACACUCAACACUGGAUUCCAAACAAAAGUUGACUGGUUCUGGCCUGCCCUCUCUGCUGGAACAGAUGUCGCGUGUUAGGACCAAGGUGCUGAACAUCCAGACAGAGGCCCAGGAAACCAUUCAACUGACCACAAUUCCCUCGGAGUACGAGUUCCUGGACUGUCAUGUCUCAGACAAGGAAUUUGUCGGGGGCAUAGUGGCCGGUCCUUUCCUCAAGUCCAAGUACCGACCUUACAUUCCACAGAGCAAGUUUGAGGUUAAAAAGAUCAAGCAUGGGGGUAAAGCAAUGUCGAAGAUAACUUUGAAUGUAGACCUGCAAACUGGCAAGUACUCCGUUCUAAAGUUGGCUGGCAAAGAGAACCUGGAGCAUAGCUCCUUCGAUCAUGACAGAAUUUUGCACCUGAUUAAGAGCACGAAGCACAAGUGCAACUUGGACUUGAUACUAGACGGCAAGAAGAAGCAGACGUACUCGUUUGCAGACCCUCAUGCUCGAGAGAACUUCUGUCUGCAGAUACGACAGAUGAAGAACAUGCACUCAACCGAGGCUGAGAUCGAUCAGAUAUCUCUGUUUGUUGGGACAUGGAACAUGGGUGAUGCGUCCAUCAAUCAGAGUCUCAGCACGUGGCUAAAGUGCACGGGGUCGGGUGCCUCGCGGGACCGGGUGCUGGGAGUUAUCCCCCAUGAUGUGUACGUCGUGGGCACACAGGAGUCCAGCACCACGGAGAAGGACUGGGUCAGUCAGCUGAAGGCAGGACUCAAAGCAUGUGUCCUGGUGGACAUGGAGCUGGUGGAAGUCUGCUCUCUGUGGGGCAUACGUCUUGCCAUCCUGUGUAAGCCUGAACACAAGGCACACAUCACAAGGGUGCAGCGCAGCUCUGUGAGGACUGGCAUUGCAAAUGCUUUAGGCAACAAAGGGGCGGUGGCAAUUUCCUUCUACUUCAACGGUACUUCGUUCUGUUUCAUCAAUACUCAUUUGACAUCUGGAGACGAGCGGUGUAACAGGAGGAACCAGAAUUUCCGUGACAUUGUGAAGAACCUGACCUUGAAUCUGGGUCAGAAGCACCUGUCACUGUUCGACAUCACAAGUCAGUUCCAACACGUGUUCUGGCUGGGUGAUCUCAACUAUAGAAUCGAGGAGGAUAUAAAGAUGAUCCUGCGCAAGGUCCAUGAGAAGGAUAUAGGGUUCCUUAUGGAGAGAGACCAGCUGAGGAAACAGCAGAAACAUAAGACCGCUUUCAGCGGCUUCCAGGAAGCAGAAGUUACAUUUUUGCCAACAUAUCGACUGGAAAGAAAUGUUCCUGGUAACAAAUAUGCCUGGAAAAAAGUCAAGACCACAGGGGUGCGAAUCAAUGCUCCAUCUUACUGUGACCGUGUGCUGUGGAAGUCCUAUCCUGGAACCUUUGUGGAAAACGUAGCAUAUGGCUGUUCUGAUGCCAUACUCAGCAGCGACCACAGGCCCGUGUUUUCCUCGUUCAAUGUUGGGAUAUCCUCUGAGUUCAUUCAGACACGACAGUCCCUCUCAGAAAUGGCUCCCGUCACCAUCGUGUUCAACACAGUGGAAGCACAGGUGAAGACAUGUUGCAAGCAAUACUUCCAGCUGACUUUCCAUUCCUCCUGCUUGCCAGACAUAUUUCGAAGCCAGUCCAACACUUCGUUUAAGGAGAACAAGAUUGGUUUCUUCACAGUUCCAGUCUGGCUCAAGAACAAUCUGCCUGAGAUGCGGCCUAUAUUUGCGGACCAAAGCUACUUGGAGGACCAGCACAUAUUGAUAGCUGUGAUAGCCAAGGAUGCGGACAAUGAGUCCUAUGGGGAAUGUGUGGUCAGCCUGCGCGGCAUGUUCUCCGAGGAGCCUAAGGACUUUGAGUGCCUUCUGCACCACCAGGGGGAGGAGGUGGGCAAAAUCAGCGGCAAAUUCCAUGUUCGUUCAGUAGGAAAGCAAACCAACACCAGAACCAUGCAUAGGAAUUACAGUUUGAUUGCCUUCGACACUGAAUACCAGUACCAGGACCCUGAAAUGUUCGUGUCCGACCAUCCCAUGCAUCGCUCCAGUGCUCCGCCACAGACACAGAAGAAGCCCGGUCCCUCUUCAGUGCAGCCUGCGCAUGGUUUCAAGUCAAGGGCAGCACUCCGUCAGACUGUCAGCGACACCAUAGAUAGUCGCUCUACUGACCCGCAUAGAGAUAUGGCCAGGUCAUUGGUUGACCAAAGGCACAUACACGCCCACCCUGGCUCUGGGGUCGAAGGUCAACCCCCGCCCCUAGUGAGGAGGAACACUCCCCUGAUGGGUCAUGGGGGCCUCUCAGCAGGGGCUCAACGACCUCUGAGACAAACCUCGGCCCCAGGGGGUCAGAAGUUUGGGCCCCCACUGCCACCCAAGCACAGGACUGCUAGUGUGGACCAGCACCCGGGCGCGAGGCAUGACACCCGCCAUGCACCCACCACCCUUGAUGAGUGGCUGGCGGGGCUAAACCUUUCCUGCUACACAGACAAGUUCCUGCUGAACGGCUGGGAUAGCCUCCUGUACCUGACUGAGCUCAAACAGGAGGACUUGAGAAACAUCGGCAUAGACGUGCCCGAACACCAGAAAGUCAUCCUGAGCAGCGUGAAAGACCUCAAUCAAUCACCCGAUGACUCCACAUACUGCAAUAGACAUUACGAAAAUACCCACGAACAAGAACCGGACGUUGGUAUUGGAACGUGCGGACGUUUGUUAACAAACGCCAGCGAUAUUGGCGAUGUCCUACACGGUGAAGUGAUUGGGCAGUUUUCUCCCAGCCACUUUGAUGAGGGCGACGAUAUCACCGAGGAGAACGAAUAUGCAGAACCAGAAGAAAACGAAUACCAUGUCCCAGAGUUGAUCAUUAAACACCCUGAUAUAGUGGACUCUCAAUUUGGUUCAUUGAAUCCCGAAACUAAAAACGUAUACAACGUCCUUGGUGACCACGAGCUCGAAAUAAUAAAACAACGUCACGAGAUCUACGAGAGUUACGCGCCGAAACACGUGUACAGCUGUCUGGAAGACAAGGGCUUCGAGGAGGCGUAUACAACUAGACGGAUCAGCGACCCUAUUGUGCAAUCGUGCGAGAAGAAGACAUUGGGCGAGUGGCUUGACGCCCUGAGCCUAGGAUUCUACCUUCGCACGCUAGAGGACAAUGGUUGGGUGAACCUGCUGGUGUUGAGAGAGCUGACCGAAAGCGAUUUGGACAAUAUGAACAUCAGGGACCGGAAACACAAGAAUAAGAUUCUCACGGCCAUUAAUCAUUUGAAAAGCAACAAUUAGCAAACAGAAGGAUUUGGAUUAUACUUAUUCGAAGUUCGGAUGCACAUACACUUACAAAAGGACCUCACAACAUCGCUUAAUUUGGAUGAAUAAUAUUGCUGCAUGUAAGAUAGAGAUUGACGCACAUUUGCAUUUUGUGUUCUUUUCAAUGUUCUAUUAUCUGUCUUGUAUGUUGCACUUAAAUUAGAAAGCGUUUAUUCAAAAUAUUAAUGACACAACAAUGCUCGUUAAACACAAUAAAAACAAUCUUACACCAACGAACACUCGUUGAACACAA